GGUUUAGUGGCCCAUUACAAGCCCAAAAAUAGAAACGCCAGCAAAAAUCCGAAACAUGCAGACAUAAAUAAUCUAGAAGAUUGUCUGACGUGGCAAUAUAUAAUUUCUUUUCUUUUCUUACUUUCCCAUAAUCUUAGCCUUUAAACUGCCCACUUAAACCAAAUCAGGCGCUUACAUAACCGUUACACCAUUUGCCGGUCGUCGGAGCUACGAUCACUGGUGUUGUUCCCGACAUUCCAGUUUCAGGUUACAAAGAGCAAUUGAAACAAAUACAAGGAAGGAAAGAAGAUAUUUUUGGAUAAGGAUUGAAUUUGCCAUGUAACAAGAGAUCCGGCUCUCACCAAACUUGUUCUGCAUACAGGGAUUGGGUCAAAUGAACUGUUUUCAUUGACUGAGCAAUCAUUGAUACUGCAAAUUGAUACAGGAUGUCUGGUGCACAGGAUGGAGUCUUAGGAAGACCCAAGGCAGAAUGGACGCCAACACGUGAUGCUUAUCUGGUCGAGCUUUUUAUUGAGCAACAUAAUUGCGGAAGGACUGCCUAUAAUGAAUUUAAAAAUGAAGUGAUUAGAUCCGUCACUCGUGAUUUUAACAAGAAGUUUGGCAUGAAUUUGGAAGAAAGCCAGAUUAAAAACCGUUACAAUGUGAUGAAAAAAGAUUAUGGUGUUGUUAAAACGCUGCUUGGUCAUACUGGAUUUGGAUGGGAUGAAACACGUCAAAUGGUUGUGGCUGAUGAUAAAGUUUGGGAUGGCUACAUUUCUGUACGAAGUGAAGCAAGACCUUUUCGGAGAAAGAGCUUUCCUCUGUAUAAUCAGAUGUCCAUCAUAUUUGAAGGAGAAAGAGUCACAGGGAAAUUUCUGGUUCCGGGGGGAUUACUUGUUGAAACUGAAGAAGGAAACAGCAAUACAGAAACAGUGAGAUCCUUUGAGCCUAAUAACUUAGCUACACAAGUAGUUGAAUGUACUCUUGAUUCUGAUUCAAUUAUUCGCAUAAAUGACACACAACCAAGGAAGCGCAAACCUGGCGUGGCGUCAGCAUCAGGUCGGAAGAAACGAGGAUGUGAUAAUGUUGGAGAGACAUUAGAGAACGCUUUAUAUGAGAUGUUCUCAGCAGCCACAUUGAGAGCAGUGCAAAGGAAUGUGUUGAAUGAGAAAACUAUGUAUCAAAAGUGCCUAGAGGAGUUGCAGAAAUUACAAGAAUUGAAUGACACUGAAUUUACUAAGGCUGUUAAUGUUCUCAAAGAUGAUAAGAAUGCAAUUGCAUUCAUGACGAUCAAAGGGCCUCGGCGUCUGAUAUGGCUGAGGUCUCUAUGGCAAGCGUAGUGACUGUAUAAAUUACCAUGUUCUCAAAGAUGAUAAGAAUGCAAUUGCAUUCAUGACGAUCAAAAGGGCCUCGGCGUCUGAUAUGGCUGAGGUCUCUAUGGCAAGCGUAGUGACUGUAUAAAUUACCAUGUCUGCUAAUCUUAGGAACUUGGCAUAUACACAUACAUCAGUAUUGUAUUGACUGUAAUUGUACUAUGUCAUUGAUUUCUUCAUGUAUUAAAUACACCAUUGCCUAGGAAAGUUUUGACCACCA